AUGAAGAAAGAAGAAGUUCAAGAAAUAUUUCUAAAAAUAUUGCGAGAAGAGGAAGAUGUGUCGGUUGGUGUUGCAGCUAUUAAAACCUUAUUGACAGUUAUAGAAAACUACAAAGUGGCAACAGUACGGGAACUAGAUUUAAAUCUACAACUGGCAGUUGAUGCAAUGCGGCACUGCGACCAACCUGUUACAGCUAUAUCUUCUGGAUGUGAACUAUUUAUGAGAUUCAUUACUUUCGCUAAAUUAGAUGUUAAGUCUUUUGAGGAGUGUGAACAGAUAAUGCUGCAGAGAGGCAGAAUAUUCUUGGAUACAUUGCUUGAAGCUAGAGGAAAGGUUGCCAAACAGUCAUUACCAUUUAUCAGUGACGGAUGUAAAAUCCUGACCCACUCACGGUCCCGUGUAGUUCUUGCUGCCAUGCUGGAGGCUGUUAAAGCUAACAAAAGGUUCCAGGUUUUCGUAACCUACUCUAGUCCUGAUAAUAGUGGUAAACGAAUGCACAAAGAGCUGGUUGCAGCAGGGAUCGAAGCGACACUGAUUCUUGACUCAGCUGUUGGUUACAUCAUGGAACAAGUGGACAUUGUUAUGAUAGGUGCUGAAGGCAUUACAGAGAGCGGAGGAAUUAUUAACAAGAUUGGUACAUACUGCCUGGCUAUGUCAGCGUCAGAACUCAAGAGGCCUGUCUAUGUGCUAACGGAGAGUUUCAAAUUCUCAAGAAUAUACCCUCUCAAUCAGCAAGACAUUCCUAUCGAGUUUAAAUAUCUCUCAAGUGUCAUAGCAUCGGGGGGAUUUGGCGAAGCAACACCCUUUAGUGGACUAUACACCCCCUGCAUACAUUACUCUACUCUUUACCGAUUUGGGCAUUUUGACACCUUCCGCCGUUAG